AUGUUUUUCUCACAAGGAGCAGAGUUUGAGUUUGAGGAAACAUUCAUGGUCGUCAACGGCCACGAUGUCUCGCUUCCCACGUUUAUAUCGUACGUUCUGGACUGGGCAUUCUACAUAGUUAUCCUUUUGGGGGCCAUUUUUUAUGGGGUGUUUGGAACGCCACGGACAAGCGACUUUGACGUUAAGGACCCAUCGAUCAUGCACAUGUACGUUCAGGAGGCAAAGACUCUAGCCCCAAUCUGGCUGCUUGUGGUCAUGGCCGUUGUGGUGCCAAGUUUGGCUGUGGUUCUAGCGGGCUCUUUAGUCACCAAGCUGCCCCCUUCUCGCAAGGCAUGGGAUAUCCACUGUGCGCUGCUCGCAAUGUUAGGUGCCUCUGCAUUCCAACUGUUCACUGUGGUUAUUCUGAAAAACGUUUCUGCGCUUCCUCGUCCCGACUUUCUUACCAGAUGCGUUCCUUUCACAUUUGCCUCGCAGCAGUUGGGCUCGCUGAGUACAAUCGGAAUUUGCGCGAACCCGUCACACAGACUUAUUUUCGAGGGAUUGAGAAGCUUUCCAAGCGGCCAUGCGUCGACAAUCACCACUACAUCCGCCGUCCAAUUUCUGUUCACCGCCGGAAAACUCAAUCUGUUUGACGGAAGAGGUCUAUCCUGCAAAAGCAUCAUCUCCUUGAUGUAUCCUAUAAUCAUUUCAUCUACUAUUGCGUUUUCCAGAAUUUCUGAUAACAGACAUUUUGUUCGUGACGUGGUGGCAGGGAUGGGUGUGGGCAUUUUGUACGGCGUGCUAUUUUACUCUCUGUACUUCCCCUUUCCGCUGAUGGCUGAGAAUCUAGGCAGAGCUUAUCUGCCCCGCAGAUUUGGUGUGAAUGACUUAUUCAAUGGAGUAGGCGGUUUUUGGAAAGUGCCGGAUCUGCCCGGCGCCCCAACGGACAGAACAGAAGUUCCUGGCUACUACCAGGAACAAAAUCAGAAAGACCAAGCCCCAGUGCCGUCACCACAAACAGAGCAAAAACCUCCACCGACCCGGAUAAGCAUUGACACGUCCAAAGUCACCACCAAACUCAAUGAUCUGGCACAAUCGUUGCGGAAAUGAGUAAUGUCGCUAUUAGAGUUGACUAUUUGCCGAUGCAGAAAUUUGCAAAAAUCGAUCCCAAAAUCUCUUCUACCCCGAUGGCCUCGCCAGUGAUCUUUCCGAUACCCUCCAUGCUAAUUUUGAGCGCCUCAGCGGCGAGGACCACGUCGUUGGAUUUAGAAUGCAUGUAAAACUCUUCAAAUCCAAAAAGCAGAUCGUGUUGAAUAAUGUUUUGUACUCUGCUAGACACAAAAAUCGGCUCGUCCUGGGUCCAAUGAUCAAGCUUCUGCGUUAUGGUAUUCAAAAGAUCGUGUAUACCAUCUUUGUUGCGACAACUGAUGACUUUGAUCUCCUUUGGCUCAAAUUCCUGUUCUAGUUGCGCUACCAAGCUUCCGACCUGGUCAGGGGUAACCAGAUCACUUUUAUUCAGAACUAUCAACAACUUCUCUUUAUCACAUGAACGAAUAUGGUCUUUCAUUUCUUUCUUCAACUCUAGAGGGGUGCACGGGAGGAGAACCAGGUUUAGAUCUGCUUCCGAAGUCUUCAUUUUCGCUCUUCUAAUUCCUUCUUGUUCAAUUUGGUUUUCGGCAUUUCUGAUCCCUGCUGUAUCGCCAAUCACGACUUUAUAUCCAUUGAUGUCUAGAGGCACCUCGAUCGAGUCCCUAGUCGUGCCUUCAAUCUCGCUCACAAUGGCCCGGUCUUCGUUAGCGAUAGUGUUCAAAAGAGAUGAUUUUCCAGCAUUAGGCGGGCCUGACAGCGUAAUCUUGAACCCAUCCACUAAUGUCUGUGACCGCUGGACUCUUUCCAGGUACCUUCUUACUUCGGUUUCUAGUGAUUUGAUAUCAGACUCUGCUCUUUCGAACAAUUGGCCGACUUCUUCAAUGUCAUGCUCUUCUCCAAAAUCUAUUAAUGUCGUGAUGAGGGCGUAUGUGUUCAAGAUUUUCUCCCGCCAAUGGUGGAAUAGUUCUUUGGUUUCUCCCUUCAUGGAAGCUAGGGACAAAGCUCUUUGUCGUUCAGUUUCUGCGUGGAUCAGACUAUUAAUGCCCUCGACCUGGGUAAGAUCCAUUUUACCAUUCUGGAACGCCUUUUUGGAAAAGUCUCCAGGCUCUGCUGGCCUUAUUGGGUUUGCAGGAGUGUGCAAGAGGUCCAGGCUUUCCAUUAUGCACUUGAUCACUGCGGUACCUCCAUGGAGAUGAAGCUCGAGCAUAUCUUCUCCGGUAUACGAAUUUGGGCCUUUAAAAUACAGAACUAUGGCCUCAUCUAGAAGAACUUUGGUUUUAGGGUGGUAGAGCUUGGCGAGAGUGGCUAUUCGUGGUUUGGGCUGCUGUCUGGCCGUUAAAGCCUGAUAUAUCGAUACCGAGGACGAGCCGGUGAUUCUGACGACGGCUAUGGCCGAUCGAGCGGGGUACGUCGACAAUGCAUAGACCGUGGGCAGCGCUACUGACGAAAAGUGUCUUUUGACGGACCCAAAAGUGAAAAUCAUCACGGUUGAAAAUAAUUGUUAUUAGACAUCAACUAUUUAAGGCACCGAUCUACACCUUAGACCUGGUAGUUGGGUAUCAGGUGGGCCGGCUAUUAGAAGGCAAGGAUAGGACUGAGGAUAUCUGGUGAAAUAGCAAAGACUUCAGGUAACUGGGGUCAUGAGCGCAACAUGACAAUAAACGAGCGAAGUUGGUUUUUGGCGUAUAAGGAGCGAAACGUCGGAGAUUCCGAGCAAAUUAGGUGAUGGUACAGCAGCCAGAGGCUGAAGUUUCUUUGAGCAAGAGACUGGCACGAGUAGCAAUUUCGAAAACAUCGUCCACCGCUUCUCCUGUCAAUGAGGAGCACUCGACGUAUUUUCGGGCGCCGAUGAGACGAGCCACCUGUUCGGCCUUUUCUUUUCGGACAUAUUUCUGGUCAUAGUAUUCGUCUGUGCCAUCAUCUUCGGGCCUGAGGUCCUUUUUCAGCCCAACCAGUAUGAGGGGCGCGUUCGGACAGUAUGUUUUCACCUCCUGUGCCCAUUUCAUGCCUGCGUUAUCUAGAGAAUCGGGAGCGUUCAACGCAAACCCAAUCAGAAUGAUGUGCGCUUUUGAGUAUGACAAUGGUCGAAGCCGUUCGUACUCUUCCUGGCCUGCAGUGUCCCACAGGGCCAAGCGCACGGGCUUGCCAUCGACUCUGCAAUCUGUUGCGUAAUUUUCAAACACCGUUGGGUGGUAUUCUGUUGGGAAUUCCCCGAGGGUGAACACGUACAGGAGCGAUGUCUUACCGCAAGCGCCGUCUCCCACAAUGACGAUUUUCCGCUUGAUGACGUUCUGAGACAUUGGACUAGGGAAAU